AUGGCGUCAAAGGGUCACGACAAUGGCGCAGUGAACGCUUCCGACCGAAAAACGAAGAAGAAGAAACUCGACGUUAUCUUGCAGGAACUGGCUAACGAAAAAGCUUCCAGGAUCAAAAUGAGUAAGCAAUUAGAAGUUGCCAACAAGACAAUCAGAGCUUUGCAAACAAGUCUAACAGCACCUCGUAGCGAAAGUUUACAUAGCAGUGAUUUCGUAAGAGAUAACGGUCCUACCAGUACUCCGCAGCAUUGUAACGAUGUAGAAGCGGAAACAAACAGGGUUGGAUUUCCCGUUAACCUUGACCCCGUAAGUACUCCGCUUCAGGGAAAUUCGAUGGGAAUGGAAAUGUCUCGGUUCAUGUCUUCGAUGAACCAAAUGUCCGUUACUUCCAUCAACGUUCCAGAGUGUAAGCCUGCCUUCGCUGGUGAGCAAAUUGGGCGCCGUGAUUAUGAAUCGUGGAUUGAUCUUCUAUCCGACACUCUGAAACUAGCGGGGGUACAGGACGAGCGUACAAGGUUCAUCGUUUUCAAGGUUAAGGCGGGACCGGUUCUCUUGGAAAUCUUCAAGAAUACAAAGUCGAGUGCCGAAGCCCCAAAUGAAGUGACUCUUCCGUUUUCGAAUGCCCUGUUCAGGAUGAAGACGUAUUUCGGGUCAGCUUCCGACGCUAUGCUCCAACGCCGCAAACUCGCACUCAUUAUACAGCGUUCGGAAGAAACGGAUUUGGCGUUUGUUAUGAGAGUUGGUUCCACAGCCCGCCUGUGUGACUUUCAGGAAGGAAAAGAGUUCGACGAGAUCGUGAAUGCUGUUGCCGGCCAUGCAAGCAACAAGGACGUAAGGGCAGCGGCCCUCAAGAUGGUCAAUCGACCGGGGACGUUCACUGAUUUGGUGGACGUGGUUCGUGAAAUCGAGGCGGUAGCUAUGAAUGAAGAAUACUACCGGUUGAAGCAUGGUAAGCCUGAACCAGCUAAAGUGGCGGCUGUUGGUAAUCCAUAUCCAAAAGCAGGCCCAUCAAGACGUGGAGUUUAUCGGCAUCCAGCGUCAACUCGGGGAAGGUUAGGACAUCCGUACGCUGGACCCUUCAGAACCGGAUCUCGAUUGCCACCAGAUCAGAGGAGAUUUGGAAACUCUCAAGGAAAUGAGUCAUACAGCUGUUACAGAUGCAAUGGUACCGACCACCACGCAGAUGGCUGUUUCGCAAUUGAUACGACAUGUUUCAAAUGCGGACGUAAAGGUCACCUUAAGAGAGCAUGCCGUCCACCAAUCAAGAAGGAAAAUCAUCGCAGAUCCGAAGGUGUUAAUCCGGAUAACACUGUUGGUAAGAUUGCUUCGAUCGACUUGAAUCCGGUGGCCGAGGCUGAUGAGAAUGCUGCUGAGGAUGGGUUGCAUAUUGCAACACUUUUGAUGCCAAAAACUUCGACGGAUGAUGGGAUAAUUACGGCAAAGGUUGCAGGAUUAGAGUGUGAGUUCCUUAUUGACUCUGGAGCCCAAGUCAACACUCUAACACAUGAUCGCUUUGAUUUAUUGCGCAACGAUCGUAGAUACAGAAAGGAAUUGUUCAAUAUACAGUAUAGUACUGACCGACCGUUGAAAGCAUAUGCGACGGAAGGUGAAAUACCAGUUACGUUCACUUUUGAGGCUUUUCUGCAUAUAUCAGACGACCGUCCAAGUUUACUAGAAAAAUUCUACGUUGUCAAGGAAUGUAGAUCGUUGCUGGGAAGAUCAACUGCUACCCGAUAUAGCGUUCUGUUGCUAGGUCUACAAGUACCUGUUAACUCAGUAAAGUCUUCGACACACUCGUGGUACGAUCCACGUGAGAUUGCAUCGGUUACGAUGGACGAAGUUUUUCCAAAAUUUAAUAUCCCGCCGAUACAGUUGAGCUAUGACCAGACCAGGCCGCCUUGUCGCAACGUUUUCAUGAAUAUCCCGAUAGCCGUUAAACCUAUGGAUACAUUUUGCUCGUCGAUGCUGGCUAUACCUAAGGGCAAGGACGAUAUCAGAUUAGUGAUAGACCUCAGAGGCCCGAAUAGCUACAUCCAAAGAUCUCCAUUUGCCAUGCCAUGUCUAGAGAAGAUUCUGGCGGAACUAGAUGGUGCGCAGUGGUUCUCGACUAUUGAUAUGUCCAAUGCGUUCUUUCACAUUGAACUUCACGAGAACAGUCGCCACCUUACAAACUUCUGCACGGAGUUUGGAAUGUACCGGUGCGUAAGGCUUCCUUUUGGAUUAUGCAACGCGCCAGACAUUUUCCAGGAGGUACUUCAGAGGAAAAUUCUGGCGGGUUGUAAGGGAGUAAAGAACUAUUUAGACGAUAUCCUCAUUUUCGGAAAAACACAAGAAGAGCACGACGAAAACCUUAAUACGGUAAUGGCGUGUCUGCAAGAACACAACGUAAAAAUAAACGCUUCGAAGUGUGUUUUCAAGAGCCAAUCGGUCAGGUUCCUGGGUUUUAGGCUCACUGCAAACGGAUGGCAGAUCGAAGAGGAGAAGAUGAGCGCCAUAAGAGAUUUCCGUAGGCCAGAAACGGUAGCGGAAGUAAAGAGCUUUCUGGGCCUUGUAACAUUCGUCGAUAAGUUUGUGCCACAUCGAGCAACCAAAACUGAAAAGUUACGAAUGUUGGCCAACUCCAUUAAAUUUUACUGGUCCGAAGAAGAAGAACGGGAGUUUCAAACGUUCAAGUGCGAAGCAUUGGAGGCAAUUAAAACUCUCGGAUACUUCAAUACCGCUGACAAAACAGAACUUUUCGUUGAUGCGUCGGCUAUCGGCCUGGGAGCAGUCUUAGUGCAGUUUAACGACAAUGGAAUACCGAGAAUCAUCGCAUGUGCUUCGAAAGCAUUAACAGCAACUGAGCAGAGAUAUCCGCAGACCCACCGAGAAGCUCUGGCUGUAGUAUGGGGCGUGAAUCGCUUCGCGUACUAUUUGUCCGGAAGGACUUUCAUUAUACGGACGGAUGCCGAAGCUAACCAAUUUAUUUUUGGAGGGGAACAUCGGAUUGGGAAACGAGCAGUUUCGCGAGCAGAGGCGUGGGCGUUACGCCUACAACCUUUCGACUUCACGAUUGAGCGAGUUCCUGGCAAAGAUAACGUUGCGGAUGUAUUAUCAAGGCUGAUGAAGAUGUCUCAAGACGCAGAACCUUUUGAAGAUAGUGCCGACGAACACGUGCUGUUUGCAUUAGACACAGGAAAUAUGGACAUCUCUCUAGGAGAAAUCGAAGUGGCUGCGGAACUGGAUGAAGAGUUGAUACAACUAUGCAAAGCAUUGAAGAACGAUGAAUGGCCUCGCGAACUAAGGCGAUACGAAGCACAGAAGAAGCAUCUACACUAUCUAGGCACCUUGGUAUGCAAAGAUGACAAAAUUGUCUUACCCAACUCACUUCGAUCAAAGGCUAUGGAAUCUGCUCAUGGAGGACACGUGGGAGAGGUUGCCAUGAAAAGGAUAAUGCGCGAGUUCUUUUGGUGGCCUAGAAUGGCUGCAGAAACAGAACGGUUUGUGAAAGAUUGUCAAACCUGUUGCAUGUUGUCCAAGAAAAAUCGUCCAUUACCCAUUUCAUCACGUAAUCUUCCUGAAGGACCUUGGGAAAUAAUACAAACGGAUUUCCUCUCUAUUCCGGGAUAUGGAACAGGGGAUUUCCUAACGGUGGUCGAUACUUACUCUCGUUACCUCUCCGUAGUCGAAAUGAGGGGCAAAACAGCAGAAGCUACAAACGCUGCACUGUGCGAUAUUUUUAAGCUUUGGGGUUGUCCUUACAUCCUGCAGAGCGACAACGGACCACCUUUUAAUAGCUCUACGUAUUGUUCGUUCUGGGAAAAUAAGGGCGUUCAUAUCCGGAAAUCGAUACCACUGUGUCCCCAAACAAAUGGGCUUGUGGAACGCCAAAAUCAGUCCAUCAUAAAGGCUGUAUCAGCAUCGACACUUGAUGGUACCAAUUGGCGUAUGAGCUUGGAUAAAUUCGUGCACAAUCACAACACGCUAAUUCCACAUGCGAGACUGAUGGUUACACCAUUCGAGUUAAUGGUCGGGUACAAAUAUCGUGGCACUUUUCCAACUCUCUGGACCGAGUCUCGUUCGAAGGGAUUAGACAGGGACAAUAUUAAGGAAUUGGAUGCUGAAGCAAAGCUUUACAGCAAACAUUACGCAGAUCAGUCACGAGGUGCGAAAGAAAGUUAUAUCAAGGUUGGCGAUGUCGUACUGAUGAGCCAGCAAAGAAAACACAAAAGUGAUCCAACAUUUUCUUCCGAACGCUUCACUGUAAUCACUAGAACUGGUGCAAAAGUUGUAAUCAUGAGUAGCAAUGGCGUGCAGUAUGCAAGAAAUGUACAAGAUGUGAAACUGGCCCCACCGGCAAAGGAGCUUAAUUUUUCGGAAGAUUCAGGGGAAGACAGCGUUCAUCAACACGCAGAUCGCAGCGGACUGGCAAUAAUUCUGGAUGAGGACUCGGAGAAACAAUUGACAGAUGAUUAUCUGGAGCAGCACCAGGUACAGUCUUCAAAAAAUACACUGCAACCCAACCAACAUAUUCCAAACAAAACCACACUUCGUCACCAUUCUAAUGUGAGAAGACCAGCACGAUUCAACGAUUAUUUUAUUUACCAUAUCUAUCAAUGA